AUGUAUACGCUUUCUGCUGGCCUCUGGGAAAAGUUCUUCAAGAAAAAAGAUUAUUACGUUUUAAUCGUCGGUCUUGAUGAUGCUGGUAAAACGACUUUCUUGGAACAAACUAAGUCUCAUUUCAUCAAGGAUUACGGAGUAGUGAAUCCUUCCAAAAUAACGAGUACAGUUGGGCUUAACAUUGGCAAAGUUGAAUUGAAUAAUACUUGCUUGAAUUUCUGGGAUUUGGGUGGUCAGGAAGAUUUGAGGUCUUUGUGGAGUACUUACUACAGUGAGGCUAAUGCAGUCAUUUUUGUCGUGGAUGCUACUCGACGGGAUCAGUUUGAAACUGUUGCGAAUGUCUUUAAGGACGUAAUGGCCAGCGAACUCAUUCAUGAUUUACCUGUUCUGGUUGCUGUUAAUAAGAGUGAAGUAGACGGUGCUGCUCCCGCAGCUGAGGUGCGUAUGUUUCUGCAGGAUGAUCACCAUUCAGGAGAUCUUGCUGUUAUUCCCGUUUCUGCUAUAGAAGGCACUAACGUAGAUCGUUGUGUGAGGUGGAUUGUAAGAACAUUGGCAAGCCAGCCAUUGUAUUUGUAG